CCGUGCACGGAUCCGGCCAUCGUGUACCUCGCCACGCAACGGUCGCUUUCCAUUGCACCACUUACGUCCAGUCAAGUUGCACGGAGCGCGUCGACUCCUCCACGAUGCGCAACACGCCGUUCCGCUGCGACAUCAAGGAUGCGGGUGUUCCAGGACUGCGGAUCGCGCUGCGCAGCAUGCGAGUGGGGGAGGAAUGCCAGGUGCGGGUUACUCCGGAAUACGGAUACGGGGACGUGGGCUGCGGCAAUCGCAUCCCGCCCAGUGCCGUUCUCUAUUUCGAGCUAACCUUACUGGAGUACGUCGAGACCCACGACGACGGCGCCAUGAGCAGCGAGGAGUGCUCCAAACUGCCCUUCAGCAAACUGUUUAAGGUCUGUUGCCUAAAGUACCGUGACGCCAACAGAUUCUUGGCCGCCAAAAACUACGUGGCUGCAGAUCGCGGCUACGCUGAUGCGGCGAAGCUACUGGAGUCUGCGCUGGAGCCACCCGAUGACGAGCAGAGAAACCAGAGGCGUGGGCUCCUCAAGCUGUACACAAACUGGCGUAUUGCGGAUUGA